AUGGAGACACUUGUUGUUGUAGCUCAGCAUAGGAACCAAUACUAUAGUGGAUCUAAGUCGCCACGAUUUGGUUCAUCUUCGCCUUCAAGUCACUUUAAGGGUAUUAAUUGUAGAACUUUUCAAACUGGGUCUGGUAUUCUACCAACGCCAUUGAAAACUAGUACUUCGGCUUCGCCGGAUAUAAAUCUGAAAACACCUUUAAGUACUCCGGUUUCGAAAUCUGAUAGGAAAGUUUUUUGCAAAGAUGCCCCUAGUAGUGCCCCUGUUCCUAUCAAUGACAAUAGUUGUAGAAAGGAGGUAGCUUUUGUUGAUGCUAAUGGGAGUUUUUUGAUUUCGGAACUAUGGGCUGGACCUACUUAUUCGAAUUCACCACCGCCGAGUUCUGUGCCUAUUCCGAAAUUCUCUGUUAGACCUAAGAGGACUGUGUCUCUUGAGCUUCCUAUUUCUUCUUUACCUGAGAUUGAAAUGCGUCAGUUUGCUUACUCUGCACCUUGUUCCCCUCGUCAGGAGGAUUCCCCUUUUGCUAAAGAUUUCUUUGUUAACGAUGAUUCUGCGACUAAGACUCUUCGUCGCAUUCUCAAUCUUAACUUGGAUGAUGAAUGA